UCGCAAUUGACACACGCUGGAGUCCGCGUUUCGCCGUGAACUCCGAAAAUUCGCGUUGCUCGGCAAAAGUUAGAAAUAAUUUUCAACGCGGCACUUUGCAGAUUGUUUUUAAUUAUCCUAUCCUAAGUAUUGUUCUCCUCCCCACCAAACAAAUGAGUGGGCACUAGGAAGAACGAAAAAUUCAUUGCAGCCAAGCGGAAAAAGGCAUUGCGAAAACGAGGAGCGAAAAAGCUAGUAGCCAACAGCCAUGGACGUGUCCCAGCCGCCCCCGCAACUUCUCACAGCGCCAUCGGCGCUGGCAACCAACUUCACCUCGCUCCCGCCUCCAAAUAUGGGCGGCCAGCACUACCGGCACUACCAUCCGCACCAUGGGUCCAACAAGCACGGCUACAACCAGUUCAAGCCCUUCAUGCCCGGCGGCUUCCAGCGGCCAUUUGGAAUGUCCCAGGACGACUUCGACGGCAAGCGACUGCGCAAGAGCGUGAUGCGAAAGACUGUGGACUACAACGCGUCAAUCAUCAAGGCACUGGAGAACCGCCUGUUUCAACGAGAUCACCGGGACCGCCUAGCCUUGCAGCCGGACAGCAUUUAUGUGCCGCAUAUGUUGCCGCCCUCUGCUUACCUGGACAAUCCCUCGAAUGCAGUGACCACAAGAUUCGUCAAAACAGCCACGAACAAGAUGCGUUGUCCCAUUUUCACGCUCGCGUGGACUCCGGAGGGCAGGCGCUUGGUUACAGGGGCCAGUUCUGGCGAAUUCACGCUGUGGAACGGUCUUACCUUCAACUUCGAAACCAUUCUUCAGGCCCACGACAUUUCGGUACGGACUAUGGUGUGGUCGCACAACGAUAGCUGGAUGGUGACCGGCGAUCACGGUGGCUAUGUAAAGUACUGGCAGUCCAACAUGAACAACGUGAAGAUGUACCAGGCACACAAGGAGGCGAUUAGGGGAAUAAGUUUCAGUCCCACGGACAGCAAGUUUGUCAGCGGCAGCGAUGAUGGAACCCUGAGGAUCUGGGACUUUAUGCGCUGCCAGGAGGAGCGAGUCCUACGAGGCCACGGAGCAGAUGUCAAGUGUGUGCACUGGCAUCCGCAGAAGGGCAUGAUCGUCAGUGGGAGCAAGGACAACCAGCAACCCAUCAAAAUCUGGGAUCCAAAGAGCGGCAUUGCCUUGGCCACGCUACAUGCUCACAAAUCCACAGUGAUGGAUCUGAAGUGGAACGACAAUGGCAACUGGCUGGUCACUGCCUCCAGAGAUCAUCUGCUCAAGCUCUUCGACAUUCGCAAUCUGCGGGAGGAGGUGCAAGUAUUUCGGGGCCACAAAAAGGAAGCCAGCUCAGUGUCCUGGCAUCCCAUACACGAGGGUCUCUUCUGCUCUGGCGGAUCCGAUGGCUCCAUUUUGUUCUGGAAUGUUGGCACUGAUAAGGAGAUUGGCUGCGUGGAGACGGCACACGACAGCAUUGUGUGGACGCUGGCCUGGCAUCCUUUGGGUCACAUUCUCUGCUCCGGUUCCAACGAUCACACCAUCAAGUUCUGGACGAGAAACCGGCCGGGAGAUUUGAUGAGAGACAAAUACAAUUUGAACACACUGCCCGCCAGUUUGGCUGCUUUAGACGAGUGUGAAUACGAUGACGCCAUUAUACCCGGAAUGGGUCCGGAGGACCGCGUUGAGUUCACGGAAAGUCUAACAGCCGACAAGGGCUUUAUUCCCGGCCUCGAUUUGGACCCAAGUAAAGCGCUGAACGACCGCGACCGGGAGAAGAAGGUGCCCUACAGCAAGCCCAUUCCACGCAACUUCCAGGUGAACUGGGCAGGUCCGCGGCGAGCGGACGAUCCCAGCGUGCUCAGCAUCCACGACGAGCUUGCCGCCCGCGAGGCGAAGGACUCGACCAGCGGACUGAACCACCAGCAGAUCAGCGAGAACACCAUGGAGGGCAUCUUGGCCAGCGGCAUGCUCAACGGGCUUGAUCCCCAGACGAUUGUCGGGGUCUUGGUGUACAACCGCUUCAUUCGCGUCCAUCCGGACUCCCGGUUGAUGGCUGCCAUUCGCCAAGGAACCGAGUUCCUUAACAAGUACAUCGACGCCGGAAAGCUUGAGGAGCUGAACGAUGUGGUGCCAGUGAGGGAUCGCUCCAGGUCCGUGUCGCCAACGGUAGAGGCACGUGGCGAGGUGGUCUCCCCGCCCACCAAGAAGUCCCGCUUCGAGCCACGCCAGCAUAACGCGCAGCUGGUGUGCGUUCGAGAACUGCUGCAGCUGAAGAAGCCCUUCCUGCAAUCCCUGGUAGCUGCGAAGGCCCAGCAGCCCAGCACGGAGUUCGUCGACGAACCGCCACUGGAGCAGCGGGAAAGAGAGCGCGAAAGGGAAGCGGAAGGAAGUCGUGACAGGGAGCGGGAAAGGGGUCGCGAACGCGAAAGGGACCAAUCGGGGGGCAGACCCAAUCCCUGGGCUGCCAAUGCCCCCUGGUCAAAUAAUGGCACACCCGGCAGCAACGGAUCUAAUGGCUUCAAUAACAACGGAGCGGACAACUUCAACGAUCGGGAUCGCGACUUCCAGAAGGGCGGAAACAAUGGAGGAGCUGGCCAACGGCGACGGCGGGGAAACAAUAAUUCCGGCUCCGGAGGCGGUGGCGGAGGAGGAGGCGGCGGCGGUGGCAACGGCAGAAAUCGCGGUCGCAACAACAACAACAACAGGCGCUACUAAUCGCUAUCCCACCAAGAAACCCAUUUACACAUUCUUCAGUUAUAAGCAAUUUUCUGUCGUUGACUCAAUCUCUUUUGCACCAUUUGCUUUUAAAUGCUAAAGUCGAUUUAUAUUGUUUUAAAAGAAAAAACUGAUUGUAACAUAGUACAUACAUGUAUUUUCGUAUUUUAACGGCGAUCAUUGCAUGGGUAAUUGACAGAUAAUAUAUUAUUUUUUAGCUAUCUA